CACAGUGCUGGGCUGCAACUACCUUCUAUUCUGGUGGUCAUAAUUAUUUGAUGACAGAGCUUCUGGUUUCUCAACUACGCUUUUGUACACUCGAUCUGUCUGUGAAUUAUUUAGCAAGGAGAACUAGAAAGGUGGUCCCUUAAAACAGCAGGUGCAGUCAAACUCAGGAGGCAGGACACACAGACACACAGCUUUAUCUCAACUACUCACCCACCCAUUCUAUACGCACAGCUCUUCAGUCGUGUUCUCAUACCCUGGGCUUCAAUCUAGCUGUAUAUCAAUCUUUUUUCUUCAUCGAUACAUCAGUGCAUCUCUUCAUUACCGUGUCCAGCUGAUGUUAUUUGGCCCCAGGUAAGAACUUUCUCAGAUGGACUGACCCUCCCUCUGCGUCUCCGUACUCUAUCAGCUACUAUGGAGGAACUCCAGAGAAAACUAAAUCAGCGCUAUGAAGACACCAAGCCCAGGAAGGUGAGAUUCAAGCUGGCAUCGUCCUACAGCGGUCGGGUGCUGAAGCAUGUGUAUGAGGACGGUCAGGAGCUGGACAGUCCAGAAGAGAAAUACCCUCACAGCUUCGUUCAUCGAAAGAUCCCGCCCAGCCACCUGGAGAUGGAGCAGCUCUGUGGGUUUGAGGACACUCAUGAGGAUCAACAGGGAGUCUAUCCUCCAACAGGACUCAUUGCUCAGAGAAUAAACGUGUACAGAGGAAUGGGAGGCUACAAGCCUGCUACAGGCCGGACAGAGGAAGCAGAGGGGGACGGCACAUCAUCAGUUUUGGAUUUUGGCAAGAUAAUCAUCUACACCAGCAAUCUGCGCAUCAUUAGAGCGCCACCGAGGAAUCAUGAAGUGUUACGGCACCACACAGUACCUUCUGUAGACUUAGAGGAAUACCCAAAGGCCAGGGAGAGGGGGAGCAGGAGGAGGGCUAAAGCUCUCUGUACACAGGACGGGGGAGAGAGGGAGGAGAAACAGAUCAGUGACUCAGAGACUAAGGUGGCUGACAGCUGCCAGCAUUGUGGCGGCUCGGGCUGCGCUCCCUGCUCUCUGUGUCACGGCAGCAAGCUGUCCAUGCUGGCGAACCGCUUCAAUGAGUCCAUCAGUGAUCUGCGUUGCCAAGCCUGCUACCCCCAUGGUCUGGAGAAGUGCCAGUCCUGCUCCAGCAAAUAGCGCUGUUUGGCUUACACCCAUGUCUGUCAGAGAGAGAGAGUGAAUGAGAGCACCUAGCUGUGCUAUCAGUUAGUCAGGAUUGUCUCAGCAGCAAUAUUGCUCUAAUCCAAAAUGUUCUUGGUGGGGCUUUUCGGAGCACUUCUAGGAAGAAUAAGCCAUCAUUGGAAAGGGGAAUUGUGACUGUGCAGCAAGCGUAAAAUCAUAAAAUACAAUUACUGUGUGUUGUGAACAUGGCGUGUGAUAGACACAUAAUCACUUUUUUUUUUGUUGUCACAAAAUGUUGCAUCUGCACCAUUUUUCCUGAUAAAGCCGGCUUCCACAACAGAGUUAUCAUUUUAAUUAAAAUGAUGCAAAUGUUUUGCAUUUCAUUUUCAACCACUUGGCAGACCCGCCUUCCCCUAUCUCUGUUCUCUUUUCAACACAGAGGAUGGAACCCUUUACAUCCCAACAUGAUGUACUGUAUGAGGUUGAGAUGUGUUUUUG